UGUGGUUUCUAUUCCACCAAACAAAUGUGUUCAUCAAUUCCCUUGUUGGUCUAUAUAUAGCAUGUGGUCUUAGAACCCUUUUGGAAAAUUAAGAGAACUUGAAACAGCUAGAAAUGGGAUCACUUUUUGCUUUCUUUAUUCUCUUCUCACUUGUCCUGUUUGGGAGCACCAUUGAUGCAAGACCAGACUCCGGAGAAUACUGGAAAGGCGUUAUGAAGGAUCAACCCAUGCCAGAAGCGCUUCACGGCCUACUCCCUCGGGGAUCAGUGUCCCCCCUCCUCACCACUGCGAAAACCGACUGUCACACAUCAACGGAAGCGACAAACAACAACCAAACUGCUAAAACUUACGUGAAAGACUUUGAACCGAGGCCUAGUGUGACUGGCUACCACGACGAUAGUACUAAACUAACUGGAGAGAAAUCCUUUGCGAACGACUUUGAGCCGAGGCCUAGUGUUACUGGCUACCACGACGAUAGUACUAAACUAACUGGAGAGAAAUCCUUCGCGAAUGACUUCGAGCCGAGGCCUAGUGUGACUGGCUACCACGACGAUAGUACUAAACUAACUGGAGAGAAAUCCUUUGCGAACGACUUCGAGCCGAGGCCUAAUGUCUCAGCUUACCCUGAUGAUGCUGGUCUGAAAGAGAAGAAGUCCUUUGUUAAGGAUUUUGAACCGAGGCCUAAUGUUUCUUUUUAUGAUGAUUAAGGACAAUCUAUGAUGAAUGUAUUAAGAUUAAUUAAUCUGGAUUGGUGAAGCUAUGUGAGAUGCAAAUGGUGUGUGUUUAUUGUGAGUUGUGUAUUGUGAAGAGAGUGAUUACUACGUUUAUGGAAAAAAUAAGGAGCUUUGUGAUGUGUGAUUGUUGAUCAAAUAAAUGUACAAUGUUCUGAUUUUUCCA